AUGGAUGCCUUUCGACACAUCGGGCGUAUCGUCGAUCCCUCAACUGCUGAAGAGUACCAAGAAAAAAUCUCCAGAAGUGUCAAAGGUCAUUUGAACUGGGUGUUCCGUGAUGCUCAACGCCCCCAGCGCUUUUGGCACCGUUCGUACCUAGCAACGGGCGUACCCAAAGACGGCCCAAUUUUCCAGCUUGACCAGCAAUGUUACCCACUGAUAGAGCUAUGUGACGCUUUGGAUUUUAUUCCUGGUUUGGAAGACUUCGCGCGAGAGGUGCUUCAAGAGUCAACUAUUUCCGAUAUUGUUGAAGUCCUCUCUGAGAGACGAGACCCACAGUCGGGGCUAUUUCCAACGGACGAGACGCCUGGAGACGAUCCUGUCGAGUUCCCAUAUCACUUCUCUAGUCAUGUUCUGGUGUGGUACACAUUCAGCCGUUUGGCCAAGCUUUUAAACAAUUUGGGAGACACCGACCGGCUUCAGGCAUCACGGCUCAGCAACCUGGCCAGUGAGGCCUAUACCACCACAGUGAAGAAUUUUGUUGCUUUAAAUCCCACGACCGAAACGACGAUGUUCGCGUAUCUCACCGAUGGAUGUGGAAAACACACAUUUUACCAUGAUGCCAACGAUAUCCCUACAUUAUUUGCGAAAGAGUGGGGAUUUUGCGUUUCUCAAGAACUAGAAGAUACCUGGGCCCAAACCCUGUAUUUUGCUUUAUCUUCAGCAAAUGAGGGUGGUUUCUAUGGUGACGGGCCUUUCGGUGGACUUGGCAGUGUCCAUACUCGAGGGCCUUGGCCUCUGGGAUAUUUCCAGGAGCUUGUUUUUGCAGAGAUGCAAGAUAAUGCCGCUGCGCAAGCCGAAGCAUGGAGAAGAAUUAAGAGCACUUGUUUCUUUGACGGUCUGUUUUCAGAAGCAGUCGACAAACAAACGGGCGAAUGUACAAGUAAGGCUUGGUUCAGCUGGCCGGGGUGCAUGAUCGGAUCAGCUCUGCUUCAAGAUCGCGCCGGCAAUGUUUUACCAUAG